AUGACAUCCUGUGCGAAGAACUCCGUAUCGGAGUCUAGUGAGAUCCCAGGAGAACCGCGCACGGUAAAGAGUCGCAUACUCGAAAGUGGCGCUGCGAUGUCCCAAGACUUCACGCCCGUCAAACAGAUCUGCGCGCAUCUAAAUGCAUUCCACGUUUACGCCGAUGAUCCGACGCGAUGCGUCGAAGCGAACCAUUAUUGUACACACUUGACUGAAGAUGUCCGACAAUGCUUGAUCUACGACUCGCCCGAGGCCAACGCACGCCUCCUCGGCGUCGAGUAUAUGGUCUCACCGCGCAUUUUCAAAACGCUUCCACCCGAAGAACGCAAGUUAUGGCACACGCAUGAGUUUGAGGUUAAGAGCGGUCUGCUAAUCAUGCCGACGCCGAGGGGCAUGCCCACCGCUGUGUGGGAAGCAGCCGAAACGGCGGAGAUGGAGGAUAUCGCGCCGGUGUAUGGCAAGACAUAUCAUAUGUGGCAGGUUGAUCGUGGUGAUCCGGUGCCUAUGGGCCCGCCGCAGUUAAUGGGUAGCUUCACAUCGCCCGAGACAGUUGAAAAAGCGCAUGAGGGUGGGAUGGAUGGGUUGCUCAAAGAUCGAGAUGAGAGGUUUGGAGUUGAUUAUCGGACGAAGGCGAAGAAGAGGGAGGGCAUUGCGCCUGUUGAAAAGCAUCCUGAUGCCGACGCAAUGUGGAAGUUGGAUCGGAAGAAUGAAUGA